UGGAGGAGAUCACAGGAGGACCUAACAUACACCCAGACCAAGACCAGAGUGAAGCAGCAAGCGAGCCUGUGUUUGGUGUGUGUCUGAGUGAGCCAGUGUUUACCUGCGUCAGCUGAGAGGCGGGUGGGGUGCGGUGAGCCUGCCAGCCUGCCAACCUGCCCCUGCCUCCCCUGCUUUCCCUGCCUGCCCCUGUACCUCAACCAUGGAGCACAAUGACAUAGACGCCUGCAUAGAGGAGUGGGAGACCCUCAGCAAUGAGUACAGGGCCCUUGAAAAAAUCCACAAGGAGUACCGACAGAAGCUGGAGGAAUUGACACAGCUACAGACCAAGUGCACCAAGGGCAUCGCACAUCAGCGUUACCGCAUCAACAUCAUCAAGCAGUCCCUCAAGAAGUCGCCUCUCACCCCGUCCUCCCACAGGCUGGACCACACCAAUGACCCAGACAACAGCGAGAGGAAUGAGCUGCUGCAGACUGACCUCAUCCGGCGCAAGGCUCAGCUGUACGACAUGGAGAACAGCAUCCCCAAACCCAAUGGACUGUACCUCAAGAUUAUCCUGGGCAAUAUCAAUGUCUCUAUACUCAACAAGGAGGAGAAGUACCGAUACAAGGAUGAAUACGAAAAAUUCAAACUGGUUAUUAAUUUAGUUGCCAUUGCCAUCUCUACUUUCAACCUCCUCACGAAUUUCAGAACGGCGGACUUGCUGCACAUGUUCCUGCUGGUGUGGUACUACUGCACACUCACCAUCAGGGAGAGUAUUCUCAAGGUGAACGGGUCCAGAAUCAAGGGGUGGUGGCGGGCACAUCACUUCAUCUCCACAGUGCUGUCCGGCAUCCUGCUCAUCUGGCCCAACGGGGAGACCUACUAUGCCUUCAGGAGACAGUUCAUGCUCUUCAACAUCUAUAUUAGCUUUGUGCAGUACCUGAUGUUCAUGUACCAACGUGGGUGUCUGUACCGCCUCAAGGCCCUAGGGGAGCGCCACAACAUGGACAUCACAGUGGAGGGCUUUCACUCCUGGAUGUGGCGAGGGCUUGGCUUCAUCAUCCCCUUCCUCCUCAUUGGCUACAUCUGGGAGCUUUACAAUGCAUACACUCUCUACCUCCUCUCCUUCAGUGACAAGGCAGAGUGGCAUGUGAUCACGCUGGCAGCCCUGUUCCUGCUGCUGUUCCUGGGCAACACCCUCACCACGCUGUCCGUCAUCCCACAGAAGCUGAAGGAGCGCAUGAAGUUUAAGUAUCGCUUCACUCGCCUUGACAAGUAUAUCUGGACUCACAAGAAGCGCCGUGUCUCCUUCAGGAACCCAGAGUCACCCCAGAGACGCACACCAGCUGCACGAGCCGCCUCCUUCUCUCGGAAGCGGCCGGGCAUGAGGGAGGAGGAGGAGGCACCACAGGUCACGCCACCCAACCAGGUGACAACUAUUGAUGAUGAGAACGCGAGCACUGAGAAUGGGGACGAGGGUAAUAAUUUGAACAAGAUGCUGAACGAUAUAACGAAAGACAUCGACUUUGAGAAGGUGGACCAGGAGAAUGAGGACGAGUCAGGCCAGGAGGAGACGUCCAAUGAGGAGAUCACCAACGGGGAGGAGGAGGGCGACAAGAAGCAGGAGGGGGACGCUGAGACAGAGACCAAGAAGGAAAAAUAGAUGGUGGUUUGAUGAGAAAAGAAGCAUUGGUGCAUUACUCUCCUUGAACAGCAGCCUUCCAGUCACCAUAACUACAGAAUCAAACUUUUUCAAUAUCUCCGUUCUUAGGGAUUUGUUCUCCCUCUCUCAUCCCACGGCCUCCAGAUAACCUUGGGUCUUUUGUAUAGUGAGAGUCUUGCCACUAGUUAAUUUAAGUGGGAUGGUAGACAUUUCUCAGGACUGUGAAAAGAUGUUAAUUUUAUAUAAGUAGCCUUGCCCUCCCGUCUGUCAUAUUGUAGAUGCUGGAUGGGGAAAGAUGUCACAUUAAUCAGUGUAGCUUUGCAGCCUUACACACACAACUCUCCUCCAUACCCAAGACAUUCAGAAGUUCCUUGCGUUUCUUGCAUUUUUUUGCGUUUUCCAGACUGUCCUCAGGUAAUCCUUGUAGUGUGUGACCCUCACUCACCCUGCAGCCUGUGUUCUGGUGACCCACGGCUUCGAGGUUCAGCGUGUGUGUGUGUGUGUGUACAUGAGGGAAACAGCCUCACUCUCCACACGUGACUUGGUGGCACUGGGCAGUGGUAGGCCUGCUCUGUUUGUCUGAGGUUGAUGUAGUCGUCACUAAAGGGGCCAAGCUUGACAAUAUUUUCUUCCUUCUUCUUCUGCUAGUGAAUCUUGACACGUGCAGAUAGAUACAGCUGGGCUGGGCUGGGCUGUGUUAUGCUGGUGUGGUGGGUGUAUUUGGCAGCCUGACGUGUUGUUGGCUGAGGCGUGUUGAGUCGUCUUCAGUCUUAGGGUGACUUGCAUUAGAGUUGACAUGUGCAAAGGGAGGAAAGGAAAGUAAAGUGCAUAUUUUGUUCAUUUUUACUGUGACCAGAGAUGUAUGUUUUUUCAUUUGUCUAUUUUUUUGUGUGGUAGGUAGGUAGACACGAAUUUGGUGGAACUGCUCGCAGACUUGACACUACAAUAAAGUAUGCCUUUCCAGACAACUAUUUUGAUAAUUAGAGAACUAGGAAAUUGAAGAUAACAUAUUUAGAUAAAUUUGUACAGUUCUCAUGCAGCAAGAGAACCACAGGGAGAAGCAAGCAGCACUCCUGGCGUGGUGAUGAAGGUGACACAUAGCGGAGGUCUGUGCCUGAGCUGUGAAACUCUCAGGAUUCAGCGCCACCAAUAGGACAUGAACAGAACCCAUUGCUGGUGAUAAACUAAGACCAUGGCUGAGUCUGCACACAGUCACCCAGAUAAUAGGGUAGCAAAGGUGAUGCAGGUGGCAGAGGUCCUGUGGCUGAGCAGUGACACUCGGGUUGUACCACCAGCAGCAACACCUGAAAAAAAAUAACUGCUGGCUAUGUGUUUAAAACCAGGGCUCAUUCUGUACACAGGGAUUCAGAUAAUAGGGCAGAAAAGAUGGUGCAGGUGGCAGAGAUUCUUUGCCUGAGCAGUGACAGUCUUGGGACAUAUCACCAUCAACAGACAAUGAAAAAACACUGCUGGAUAUGUUUUUAAUACCAGGGCUCAUUCUAUUCACAGGCACUCAGAUAUUGAGGUGACAGAUGACAGAGGUGGCAGAGGUCCUGUACCUGAGUAGUGACACUCAGGACGUACCACCACCAGCAGAAGCAGGUGAAAUCCCUCUCUGCUAAGACUGGGACUCAUUGUUUAAACAGGCACCCAGAUGUAGAGGUCCCUGUGUUGCAUUAUGCCUGUCACAGCCAGUCUUUCCUUCACUAUUGCAGGUGUAUGAGUGGAGACAACUCUUGCCUCUCAUUGGCAUCUGUCAGGGAGUCACUGUGUCCCUGGCAAUUUUGUGAGAGGAGGCUAGGAAGUGUGUAAUGUGUAGUGUAGUUAGUCUCUUGGGUUGUCUCUAGGAAGUGUCCAGGGAAUGUGUGGGACUGUGGACACAAGAUGAGUAGCAACGGGUUAUCCAUGAAAUGAAGACUUCCAUUACCUGUGCUUCCACUGAUGGACAGCACGUGUCCUUGUGACUGCCAGCACACUGUGGAGAUGUUGUGCUGUGGACACUGAGAGGUUGGAGCUGCUCUGUCACCCCUUGUGCUGUCUGUCGGUCUGAACAGUCAUGCUAAACUUGCACUAUAACAUCCUAUUAAUCUUGAGAGACAAGCAGUUAUUGGGUUCACAUUAGCCAGUUCUCGUCAGUCAUGUCUUUUGAAAUCACUGAAUGUUCACCGUGACAUGCUAUCAAUAUUGACAGACCAUUGUAUUCAAGGUUUGCAUUGGCCAGUUCCUGUCAGUCAUGUCUUCUAGAAUCACCAAACUUUCACCACAACAUCACAUUAAUCUUGAAGAACCAGCAGUCAUUUGAUUCACAUUGGCCAGUCCUUGUCAGUCAUAUCUUCAGUAACCAUACUAAGCAUACACAACAACCACUAAUCUUGAAGAACAGCAGUCAUGGGGUUCACAUUGGCCAGUCCUUGUUAGCUUUUGGUUCAUUGUCUUUGUGUGUGGUGUUGUGGAGGUCCUGGAAGCUGAGGGAGGUGGACAGCAGCACUUUGUGGUGGGCAGGAGGGAUAACAAGCUGAUACAAAUGUCAAAGGAGGAAUCUUGAGUCCCCUGUACAAUUAACCCUUUCACCACGACACAGUGAGUCGCAACACUAGAAUUGCUCUGUACAUUUGUUACAGACACCUAUGAGAAAGAGACAGGCAUGAAAAGGCUAGGUUUUUUCCAAUGUUUAACUAGUAUAGUGUUUAAAAAACAGAUGUAUAGUGAAGGGAAAUGUAUCUGAAUGGCUUGUGAGGUUGUGUAAUGAAGGGAAAUGUACUUGAGUGGCUUGUGACUAAGAAACCAUGUCUUAUAUAGCAGUGGAAGGGUGAAACAUGACAUCAGCAUCCCCUGCACAACAUCAAGUAUACAUAACUAAACAAAGAUAUUCUGUGUAAAGCCAGUCUUUUUUUUUUCUGUAGCUGUAGCAAAGUGAUAUCGCACAAAUAUAUUGGUAUGCAUAAUAAU